GACAGUUCAUGGGCAAAACCAAAGCUGUCUCGCAAGCCCAAUGAAACAUAACAGAGAAAUGCUCUCGCUCAACACCUCUGAACCCUAACGCCAGCCCCCAAAUCCGUCGACCGCCACCGGCCGCCGCCACGACCAGAUCGGCGUCGGCAUCGGCGCUUGAACAUAUGUGGUGGCGAGCUCCUCCUCAUACGGACCUCCUCUGCGAUCUCUCAGGAAGAGCAGAUGUCGCAAGAGCAAACGGCCAAGCGAGGGUGCCCAGGCGGACACGCCGUCGCCGUCGCCCUCGCCGGCGACCGGCUAAGCGACCUGCCGGACGGCCUCCUCCACACCAUCAUGUCCUUUCUCCCGGCCCCGCAGGUCGUGCAGACGAGCGUGCUGUCGCGGCGGUGGAGGGACCUCUGGCGCUCUACACCCUGCAUAAGCAUCGAGCAGCGGGACUUCCGGAUUACCGCUGGGAGCCAACGCCACGAGCGGGAGGAGAAAUGGCGCAAGCUCGAGAACUUCACCACCAAUUUCCUCUUGUUCCACAACAAUGUUGCGUCCUUGGAUAAGUUCCGGAUACAUACUGACAGUACUCUUCUUCGAGAUGGAUAGAUGGUUGCGACGUGGCAUCAAAUACUGCCCUCAAAUGCUCGAGAUUCUUAUCUCCUGUUCGCGCCCUCCCAUUCUUUUUCCUCAUAUGGGAGCAAGUUCUUGCCGCCUCAAAAGGCUGCAUCUUCACGGUUUGUAUCUGGAAAACCAAUUUGCAGAGCUACUCUGUUCUGGGUGCCCUGUCCUGGAAGAUUUGGAGCUAAGGAGCUGUAACCCAGGUUUUCAAGAAUUUAAGUCGCGUACAUUGAAGAAGCUGGUAAUAGACUGCUGCGACAAUUUCACUGGAGAUCUGGUGGUUAUCACGGUACCUCGUGUUGCUUAUCUCCGACUGGGUAUUUCACCGGGGCGCUAUUCAAAUGGUAUUUUGAUACAUGAGUCGGCUUCUCUCGUCAAAGCAUCGAUUCAUUUACUUUGUCUUGGUCGAACAUUUUCCUUGAAUCACCAACGCUGCCUUCUCGGUAACCUGUGCAAUGUGCUGAAUUUAGAGUUGUCGGGUUUCCAGACAAUGGCGAUACUCAUUCAGGAAUCUGUUGAAUACCCAGUAUUUGCUAACCUGCAAACCCUGUCACUUGAACAAUGUUUCCUUGAUAAAUGCGAUCUCAAUAACAAAUUGGACGCUCUAGGGAGUUUUGUUCAGAAUGCUCCUUGUUUGGAGAAGCUUACUCUCCAAUGCUGCAUGUUUGAAGUAGAAUCAGAGAAAGAGGGGCAGCUCGUGAGGAAACACAUUAUUCUCCAAAGACAGGACCAAAACACUUUCCGGUGCCUGAAGUUGAAGUUCAUAGAAAUCGUGUACAAGGAGGACCAUGAUCACCAACUACUCGAACUUUUGUGGGGAACUGGGAGGAGGCUACCAGAUGCCAGUAUCAAACUCACCAACUUUUUUAUGGACUAAUAUAUUUCCCAAGCGUUUGGUAACUUCGCCAUGAUCCUCUUGCAUCCAAGCAAACAUCACGUCAAUGGCAGAAGUUUUUCUCCAUCGUGGGUCAAACCUAUCCUCGUCGUACGCCUUUCGUGCCAUCUCCCACCAUUCUCCUUCGUUCCUCGACUUCAGAGAGGCCAACUGUCAUGGCCAUCACAUCCGCAUCCGCCGACAUCUUCACCGAGCUCCGGCAAUUGCUACCGAUUCGCAUGAAGACGCCCUCCGGCGCCUCCGGGCCAUGUUCUCAUGCAACUUCCUUGUAAGAUCAUUCCAUGCCCUGCUACUUGCGAUGGUAGUUGGUCAAGGAUUUGUAUUGCGAUUCAGUUUGGUGUCUGUUAAGGACCGUUUGACUUCUAAAACAUUCUUAUUUACUUUGGAAUAGACUUGAUUUCUUCACUGCAGACAACUGAGUUUGAAAAUGCAUCGCAAUGAUCCUAAUGGUGUUAUUUUGCGCGAAUAUGAUAACAUUCCUAGAAAAAAGCCUAUUAUGUGAUGUGAUCAUGCACUCUACGUAACAAUUGAUUUUCAUUGCACGACAGGCUCCAUGACAUCUUGUGCGUGCAUUGGACAAUGCAUCCGUGAUGCAUUCAUAAGCUCCCUUCAACUGGAUCGAAUUGCCCAAUUGAAACUUAGUUCUGUUGGUUUUAAAUGUUGUAGCUAUCAUGGAUCACGUCCGCCCCUGCUCCGCUAAGUGAGCAUCCACUUCCCCUGCUCCGCCAGUUCUCCCAUGCUCCUACCUUGGACCUGUAGACUCAGAGGAUUCGCUUCCUCUGAAUCCAUGGACGCCUCCAGGAAAAAGGCCCGUACAGGCAGCACCUCCGCCGAGGACCGGCUGAGCGCCCUGCCGGAUGCCCUCGUCCACACCAUCAUGUCGUUCCUCAAGGCCCACCAGGUAGUCCAGACGAGCGUGCUGGCCAAGAGGUGGAGGCACCUCUGGCGUUCCGUGCCCAAUCUUGACAUCGACCUGCCAGAGUUCAACAGAAAAAUCAUGGACUGGGACUUAGUCCGACCGGGGUAUGAAAAGUUUGCGGAUUUCACAGAUUAUCUUCUGUUCCAUCGCCAUCAGGAUGGCUCACUCUUGGAUACAUUCCGGCUGCAUCUAAGUUGUGCAUAUCAAGCGAGGCCUGGGGAUGCUGGUAGGUGGGUUCGCCGUGGCCUCAAGUGCUCCCCUAGAGUGCUUCAUGUUCAAUAUCACCAUAGUCAUGGAGCGGCUGAAGUACCUUUGGAAUUGGGGUCUGGACCUUCUAGUUCUUGCCGCCUCACAAAGUUACACCUUCUCGGCCUGUCACUGGACUUCAGUUUCGCAGAGCAGAUACUUUCUGUGUGUCAUGUUCUGGUUGAGCUGGAAAUAAGAAAGUGUUCGAUUUAUUUCCAGAAAAUUACAUCCCCCUCUCUCAAGAACCUGACAAUGGAUGGGUCUCAUGCUGGUUAUGUUGGUUUUGGAGAUCCUCUUAAUCAGCUGAUUAUAACAGCUCCUCAUCUUGUUUAUCUGCAUCUAAACCUUGAGACUCGUGACCACAUCUUAGUGUUAGUAAAUGAAAUGUCAUCCCUUGUGAAGGCAUCCAUGCGUGUCCAGAUUUCCCAUCCUCAAGAAGUUUCCUGCCAAUUUGAGAUUCUUAGGGGUCUGUUCAAUGUGACAAGCCUGGAGCUGUUGGGUUUCAGUAUGAUGGUGCCAGACAAGAAACCCAUUAAAACCUUCAAAAACCUGACAACCUUAUUGCUGGAUGAAUGUGAUCUGGGUGACAAGUUCCAAUUUUUGCGGCACUUGCUGCAGAAUUCUCCCAAUUUGGUUAGGCUUGUAGUGAAGUUUUGCCAGUUUGCAGAAGGUUCCAAGAGAUGGAAAGGGAAGGCCAGGUCCAAGAAGAAAUCGUCCCAGCGCCAGGAUGUGGUGGAUUUCAAUUGCUCGAAGUUGAGGUACACCGACAUCGUAUAUAAGAGCGGUGACAAUGUUCGUCAGCUGGUCAAUAUUUUGCUGGACAUUUCCGACCAUCUACCAGAAAAUGUCAUAACACUUACCAAAGUCGACACUACCGUGUAUCCCUCUGAUGAUUCUGAAUCUGAAUAGCCUUCUUGGGUUGUUCUGAUGCUUGCUACUCAAUCGGCUUACCACGCACCUUGUUGUUAAUGUAUUGGGCUAUCCUGUAAUUCUGACUCGUCAAUUGUAUUUAAGGGUGUGCACUGUGCGUGUUGUUCCUCA